CCCUCACAGCCCCUACAGCUUCGCCCCGCUCCCAAUUCUACCUAGAUAUUCCCCGACAUAUCUGUCGAGCUCUUCUUGACUGCUUGAAGCUCCAAUUUGUCCCGCCAGCCUCCCCUAAGGUCUCGAGAGCGCAAUUCACACCGUGCUCUUGCUUUUCUUCGAAAACACGCCCCUACCUAUUCGCCCGAUAUCCUCGACAAAAUUCUUCACAAUGUCCGGAGCCGAAAUGGCGCCCCUCCAGGCCGAUGACAUGCGAGUGUUGGGCCAGGAUCCCCUCAUCCCGCCUGCCCUGCUCAUUUCCGAAGUUCCUAUGCCCAAUGCCGCCCUCGAGACCGUUAUCAAGGGCAGACGGGAGGCCGUGGGUGUAAUCAUGGGUCGGAAUGACCGCUUGUUGGUCAUUGUUGGGCCCUGUUCCAUCCACGAUCCCGCCACCGCUAUCGAGUAUGCCACCCGCUUGAAAGAACUCUCGGACAAGCUCUCGGACGACCUCGUCAUUGUGAUGCGCGCCUACCUCGAGAAGCCGCGAACCACGGUCGGCUGGAAGGGCCUCAUCAACGACCCCGACAUCGACGAGACCUUCAAGAUCAACAAGGGUCUCCGCGUUUCGAGACAGCUCUUCUGCGACCUUACCUCGACCGGUAUGCCUAUUGCGACCGAGAUGCUCGAUACGAUCUCCCCGCAAUUCCUCGCCGACUUCAUCUCGGUUGGUGCUAUUGGUGCGCGGACCACCGAGAGCCAGCUGCACCGGGAGCUGGCCUCCGGCCUCUCUUUCCCCGUAGGAUUCAAGAACGGAACCGACGGUAGCCUCGGCGUCGCCAUUGACGCUAUUGGCGCGGCGGCCGCCAGGCAUCACUUCAUGGGUGUCACAAAACAAGGCCUGGCCGCCAUCACCCGGACGAAAGGCAACGAGCACGGCUUCGUCAUUCUGAGGGGCGGCUCCAAAGGCACCAACUAUGACAAGGCGAGCAUCCAGGCCGCAAAAGACACCCUGGUCAAGAAGGGCCAGAAGAUGGCGAUCAUGGUUGACUGCUCGCACGGCAACUCGAACAAGGACCACAGGAACCAGCCGAAGGUUGCCAAGACCGUCGCCGACCAGCUCCGCGAAGGCGAGAGGGCCAUCAUCGGCGUCAUGGUUGAGUCUAACAUCAACGAAGGCAACCAGAAGGUACCCGCCGAGGGCCCCUCUGCGUUGAAGAAGGGCGUCAGCAUCACGGACGCCUGCAUCAACUGGGAGUCGACCGUCGAGGUUCUCGAGGACCUCGCGGCCGCUGUUAGGGAACGCAGGACGCUGAUUGCGGGCGCCGCGAAUGGCUCGCCCAAGACGACAACCCUCGAGGAGGACUAAGCCAUCCCUUUUGUUCGGUUAUAGUGACAAGAGUGACGAGGGUAAAAGUGCUCCUAGUCUUCUAGACGGUUUACCGAGGUUGUUUCUUGGGCGAUAAAAAUGUGAUCGAGAUGAGCAUGGCCGCGUGUCCCACGGUUGGAAAAGGGGUAGAUAACGUAACCGG